AUGCAGAUGACUGAUUUGGAAAAUAAUUCUGAAACUGGGGAGUUACAACCUAUACUGCCUGAAGGAGCUUCAGCUGCCCCUGAGGAAGGAAUGAGUAGCGACAGUGACAUUGAAUGUGACACUGAGAAUGAGGAGCAGGAAGAGCACACCAGUGUGGGUGGAUUUCAUGACUCUUUCUUGGCACAGCCCCCAGAUGAAGUGCUCACCAACUCCAGCCCAAGAAUUCAGGGAGCCGUCAGUCCUUCCCAGGAGGUGACUGCACACAUUCCUAUGAUGUGUGAGGUGAUGCCAACCAUCAGUGAAGCCGAAGGCUCCCCAGGAGGAAGUGGGAGCCAUGCAUCCGGCUCCCCUUCACGGGCAGACGCAGAUUCACAUUUUGAACAGUUGAUGGUCUCCAUGCUGGAAGAAAGGGACCGACUUCUUGACACUCUUCAAGAGACUCAAGAAACGCUGGCAUUAACCCAGGGGAAAUUACACGAAGUUGGUCAUGAAAGAGAUUCCUUGCAGAGACAGCUCAAUACUGCACUUCCACAGGAGUUUGCUGCACUUACGAAGGAACUGAAUGAAUGCAGGGAACAGCUUCUGGAAAGGGAAGAAGAAAUUGCUGAACUGAAAGCAGAAAGGAACAACACCAGGCUGCUUUUAGAACAUCUCGAAUGCCUUGUCUCUAGGCACGAGAGGUCUCUCAGGAUGACUGUGGUGAAGAGACAGGUACAGUCCCCAGCAGGUGUGUCCAGCGAAGUCGAAGUGCUCAAAGCACUGAAUGUAACAGAUCUGAGAAUAUAG